GGAAUCAGAAUGAAUUAGAGGAUGAGUUCUUGUUGUAGAGCUUCGUGUUUAGUAGUUGGAUUGUUACUUCAGAUUUGAGAACUCAAAAUGUAUAAUAACUUAGGAGCCCAGCCUGGGGCACCAAGACCAGCGGCAAAUCCUCAGCCAAAUCCAUUUGGAAAUACAUUUUAUGGGGCUGGAUCUGGCCUUAUACGAGGGGGUCUGGGUGCAUAUGGAGAGAAAAUUUUUGGCUCAAGUUCUGAGUAUGUCCAAAGCAACAUUAGUCGGUACUUCUCUGAUCCCCAGUACUACUUUCAAGUGAAUGAUCAGUACGUGAGGAACAAAUUGAAGGUUGUUUUGUUCCCGUUCCUGCAUAGGGGACAUUGGACAAGAAUAACUGAGCCAGUAGGAGGCCGGCUUUCCUAUAAACCCCCUUUAUAUGAUAUUAAUGCACCUGACUUGUACAUUCCAUUUAUGGCAUUUGGUACCUACGUGAUUCUUGCUGGCUUGUCAUUAGGACUAAAUGGGAAGUUUACCCCAGAAGCUUUAAAUUGGCUGUUUGUCAAGGGUGUUCUUGGCUGGUUUAUGCAGUUCAUGCUUCUCAAAGUCACAUUACUUUCAUUGGGCAGUGGUGAGGCUCCCUUACUUGACAUUGUGGCAUAUGGUGGUUAUAGUUUCACAGGGUUAUGCCUUGCUGUUCUUGGAAGGAUCAUAUGGAGAUACUCAUACUACUUUUUGAUGCCAUGGACCUGCUUAUGCAUGGGAAUCUUCUUGGUCAAGACAAUGAAGAGAGUCCUCUUCGCAGAGGUCAGGAGUUACGAUUCCAGCAAGCACCACUACCUUCUGCUCUUUAUUGCCUUGGCCCAAUUCCCACUUUUUACAUGGCUUGGCAACAUUAGUGUUAACUGGCUAUUCUAAAAUCGCAUCCGUUUAUGUUUCUGAGAGAAAGAAUUGUGUUUAUAUCAGCAUUUACUGUUUCUAGGCAAUUCUUCUACAAGAUUGUAAUGCAUGUGUGGCCAUUUUUUUGUUGUUAUAUUCUCAUAAAGUUGUCUCCUUUUUGCUCAAGGUUAGAAACUAGAACUUUCUUU